AUGAGUCAUUCUCACCUCCCCAGGCAGGUGCGGGCUGCAGGACGCUUCGCCUCGGCGGGCGGGCAGGAGCCACGAGCCGCCGCGGAGCCCCCUUCCGAGACGCCUCCUCGGGCCGGCACUGACCUUGCCGUUGGCUGCCCGGCUGCCGAAGACCCGGCGCCGCAGAGCGGGGAGCUGGUCGGGGGCGCCCACUGGCACCCGGACCCACAGGUCGUCGGAGCCGGGCGCCGCCUUCCUGCGGUCCCUCAGCGCCUCAUUCCUGCGCGAGGUCGCCAAACUAAGCUGCGAGGGCCGUGCCUCGAGGCGCGGGAGGGCGGAGCGCGACGCGCGCCCACCGGCCCGCGGAGGUCUUCUGGCGCGGGCGCACGCGCCGCAGCCGCACGGGGCGGGAGACAGGGAGGGUGGGUGUGCUGGGGAGCGCGCGCCGCCGCCGCCGCCGCCGCCGCCGCCUCAGCCUGCUGCUCCGCCUGCGCCGCCUGCUCCCGGCGCUCGGCCCCAGCACGCCGGCUCCCGAGUGGCCAUGGGCGGCGCGGGGUCCGCGGUGUAGAGUCCGGCGACCCCGGACCCGCGUCCCGCACCGUGACGGUCCCGCCUUUAGAAGUGGGGAACAAGUGCCUCUUCAUGUCCUACUGUGAUCUUCAUUCCAGGAAUCACUCAUUCCUUGCAACUAGCAGGCAGUGGAGGCGGGAUAUAGGUAAGAGAGCUACAGCAGCUUCUGAGGGUGGCUGCACCAGUUUGCAUUCCUACCAGCAGUGCAAAAGAGAUCCUCUUUCUCCACAUCCUCGCCAACAUCUGUUGUUGCCUGACAUUAAUGUUGACCAUUUGGACAGGGUUUUCCAACAGAAAGGCAGAGCAUGGAGGCCUCACCAUUAAAAGAAGAACCAGGAAUCCUGUGGGCUUCAUGUAAUAAAAAAGCUUGAAGAUUUUUUCUAGAUAUGUCUCCUAUAGCAAGGGAAAUAAAAGCAAAAAUAAACUAUUGGGACUACAUCAAAAUAUAAAGCUUCUGCACAGCAAAGGAAACAAUCAGCAAAACAAAAAGACAACCUACUGAAUAAGAGAAGGGGUUAGUAUGCAAAAUACAUAAAUAACUCAUACAAUUCUACACCCCAAAACCAAAUAACCCAAUUAAAUAACGGGCAGAAGACAUGAGUAGACAUUUCUCCAAAAAAGACAUACAGAUGGCCAACAGACACAUGAAAAAAUUCAGUAUCACUCAUCAUCAAGGAAAUGCAAAUCAAAACCAUCUCAUAUCAAUGAGAUUAUCAGUUCACACCUGUCAGAAUAGCUAAAAUAAAAAACAUAAUAAGUUUUGGUGAGGAUGUGGAGAAAAAGAACUGUGUGCUGUUGAUGGAGAUGCAAACUGCUAGAAAACUGUAGAAAACAAUACAGAGGUUCCUCAAAAAAUUAAGAAUAGAAUUACCAUAUGAUUCAAUAAUUCUGUUAUUGGGUAUUUACCCAAAGAAUACAAAAGUGGCAGAGAGAGAAAAUCCCAAGCAGGCUCCAUGCUAUCAACAGUGCAGAGACCCAUGCAGGG